GCCACCGCCACCGCCACAUUGCCACUGCCUCCUUGUUAUUUUCCUAAAAAAAAAAAUUGCAACAGGGUGGUCCAAGAUUCUACGAAUUAUUUAUAAAGCAUAUAUAUACUAUCCAUGUAAAUGCUAAACACAUUAUAUACCUAAUCCCCACUACCAAACACAUUAUACAUAAACCCCACUACAUACCAUACAUGGUUUAAUAAUUAAUACUCGAUCGUGUGAAUAUUCAGUCACAGUUUUGAUUUAACAGUGUCAAGUUGUAAGUCUCAGUUUUGCUAUAACAGUUUUAGUAUGGCAGGAUCAAUAAGUGAAAUGAAAAGGGUAUACAAUUAUGUUGCACCUACAUCUCCACAUGAACUCAUGGAUUGCUCUAAUUUUACAAUAGACUUUGAAAAUCGCAAAUUCUUGAACGUCGGAUUCGAUCCAAAAGAUCAGUUCAAUAUCGUUUUGCAAAUAAUUACACCGUCACGGUAUGUAAAAAUUUCAUCAGACUUCUUGAAACGAAUUUAUUCAGUCAUGGGCCAUGUUUUGUCACACGUUCUCGAUCCUGUUGUAAAAUAUAAAAAAAUUAUUUUUUUGGAAGAUGAAGUCGCUUUGCUUACAAGUAUGGUAUAUAAAGGAGAGCAUGUGUUGGUUAUAGAGUCAAAAAAAACAAACGGAUGUAGAAUCAUAUUAAGUCGAAGAGAUCUUAUGACAAUUCAAGAUUUAGAGUGGGCCAUUUUUGAAACAAUUUCAAGAAAAAACGAUAUCGUAAAACCUAUUAUUUUAAAUCAACUCGAACAAAUAUCCGAAUACUUUAAUACUGAUUUUAAUAUUGAUAAAUCUGUGACACUGGAAGAAGUAAAAACAAUAAUCAAAGGAAUUCAUAUCGAAUUAAUUGCAAAGCAUAUACCGAAAAACAACCAAAGUUUUAUAAACCAGAUCAAAUUAUUUGCAACUGAACAGCUAGCAAUCAAUUGGAUGUCAAAGAAUUCGAUAAAAGUAAGAAUAUAUAUAUAUAUAUUAUUUAUAAGAAAAAGUAUUAAACAUUUGAAUUCAAUUAGGCUGUUGAUGAGGAACUGAUAAAAUUUCUCCCGCCUACCCAGAGGUGGCCUGAAGCAGACGAUUUAAAGGUAAUAAUAUAUAUAUAACUUUUUUUUUUUUUUUUAUUACGAUUACUUAUUAUUUUUAUUUUAGUAUUAUACUGAAGCCUUUGACGUGGAAAUGCUGCAGCCAUCCCCACCAAGAUACUCAAGUAUGUCUCCAUUAAUGACAUAUAACGAAGACGAUUUAUCACAGUCACGAGUAAUUUAAAAUUAAAAUAAUAAAAUAUUUAAGUAUUAAAUGUUAUUAUUUAUUUAUAGGCAGCUGACGAGGAGAGGGGGUUCAGAGAAUAUUUAUCCACACAUUCGGACACAGCAUGGGCACCAAUUCGGAAAACCAAACCAAAGGUGAUAUAAUAUAUAAUAUAUUAUAUAAUAUUUUGUAUGAUGAAUAAUUAUACCUUUUUAUAGGCUGUUGACGAGAACGACGGUCCAAUGUAUUUUAACAGACGGUCAUCAUCCCCACCACCUCUGAUCGACUACAAGGAUGCCAAGUCAGCAAAAUCAUCUACUCGGUGUAUUACAAAAUUAUUUUAAUAAUAAUACCCUGUUAAUGAUGAUGAUGAUAAUAAAUAUUCUGUAUAUCAUAACAUGUGUUAUUUCCUUACGUUAUACAUACCCCCAACCAUAUAUCUUACUAUAGAGUGGGGAUUCACUCACACUCUCAACGACCGCUCGAUGGUACUGCAUAAAACGCUCGACAUGAACAUAGGACAAGUCAGUCGCAACCAGCUCUUCAAGUCAUAACAAUUUGUG